AUGUCGGAUGACAGCAACAAUGUGAUUUCGCUCUUUGAGGGCAUCCCCGAGUUCGAGGGCGAUCCACCCACGCCGCCGGGGCACGACGAAAUUUCCUACACCGCAGAGGGGAUCAUUGGUUGGCUCAACUCGGUCGCCAAUGGCCACGACCGCCAUUACUGCCUGUCGCAUGUGUUCAGCAGCGUCGCGGUGCACAGCCGGCGGGCGCCUCGAAAGGGCGACAGCGGCUAUCUCACUGCUUACCAGCGCGACCGCGUUUUGAAGGCUGUCCGAGCCGCUCGCUACAAAAACCCCAGCAUGUUCUGGGAAGACACCGCUGUUACGCGAGAGAUCACCCGGCAAGGGUUCGACGCGCUCGAAAAGCUCAUUGAGCUUUGGACCUAUGAUCUUUUUGGCCCGGAGCCAGGCGACACAGAAGAGCACCUGGAUAUCUACGCCUACGCCCGCAUUUUUCAGAACCUGAUGCACAACAUCAGCUUGGCCGAGGAAAUUGAAGAGCGGAUGAAGGCGCGCGCCGCCAAGGACGUUGCCAAGAUCCGCUCCAUGGCCCUGGGCUCCGGUUCAACUCCGGAGUUGGCGACAUCACCGAAGCGCAAAACCUCGAAGCGCGCCAACGAGUGGCGGCCGACUAUCUCGACCAAGCGCUGGCGCUGCUCAAGCGCCGGUGCCAUCGGUGGCGACCUUCGCCAUACACCGCAAGAGUGCCGCGAAACUUUGAAAGCAACGUUUCUCGAACUGGCGCCCGAGAUAAGGGCCGCUGCCGAAGAGAGUGUUCCGCCCGACGAUAUCCUUCAUGGAUUGGGCAACACGCUCGCGAUGCUGUUCUCCGAUGCCGAGGACGGGUUUCAGCGCGACCGGCUCAACUACGCCUGCAUUCUCUACGGCCAACUCCGUAUCGCCUUCCAUCGUCGCGAUCUCAGUGAUCGAGGCUACCAGCUCGCAGCAGCGAUAGCGUGGAAGCAGUUUGCUGAAACGCCGCGUGCGGAACUUUCGGGAUAUGCCAACGCCCAGGCGACGCGGCAACAGGCCCUGCGCAUGCAACAGCUUUACGCCGCCGGCGCUUCGCCAUCGGAGCAGGCGGCGUUGAUCGGCGUGCAAAACUUCGGCCAGACGCCCGAGGGCUUCCGCUUCGACGUGAACACAAGGAGCGGCGACAACCGCUACAACACUGAUAUGGUCACAGCGACCAACACGGCCAACAAUGUUCGCGACAAUCAGCGCGCGACGAUCACCAGCCUCUUCGGUUCACUCGAUGAGGGGCAGAUCGCCCCGGCUGUGCCUCAGAACGUUAUGGGCGCGGUGGGUCUUCCCGCCAUAGAUCAGCGCAACGGGCUUCCCGCCCGCGCGCUCACGGACGACGAAGUUCUCGGCGCGGUGCUCGAUGGCAUGGACCCGGAAAUGCAGCAGGCAAUCGCGUUCGGCAAUACCGCGGUGGAAACCGUGCAGACGCCGAAUGGCCCACGUAUCGAAACCCGCUUCGGAUCGGUUGGCCAGGCGCCGGCCGCGACUGGUGGCAACGACACCAGCGCAGCCGAAGAGCAGAUCCUUCGCUUGUCGCAGCAGUUCAUCGAUACCGGGCUCACCACAGAUCCCGCCGAGGCGCGAAACCUCGCCAUCGGUAUCGUCGACAACCGUUACACCAAGAGCCGCCACCCCGUUACGGGCGAGGCGAUCGUUCUGGACGUCGCGACCGGGCAGCCUGUCACGCGCGGUGGCGGUCAGCCGACCCCGACAGCGGGCGGCACGUUCGACGGCGCCUUCAAUGCUGCGAACAACGCGACUGAUCCGACGCUCGACGCGAUUAUGCGCGAUGAAGCCGGCGGCGAAAGCCAGUUUGGCACUCGCUUCUCAAAUUCGCCCGAGGCUUUUGGCGUGGGCGGCGCGCUCACUGGCGGCAUCAAUACAGUGUUCGAUGCGGUGGGCGCCCCGGCACCCUAUCCCGAGGUCCAGCAGACCCAGGCCGAUUUUGACGUCCUGCGCGAAAGCCUGCUCAACGAUAUUGGCAACGCCUACAACCGCCAGCCGCCAUCUUGGCUAUUGCGCAACAUUGAAGCGCUGACGCCUCGCGCGGGCAACGUGUUUGAAGGAGCGGGCACCGCUCAAUCCAAGCUCAACGCGAUCGGUCGACAGCUCACGGAUGAACUCAGCACCGCCGAGGAAACCUUGCGCGGCGAGUUGAGCCCGACAAACCGGCAGGAAACGGAAACGCGCGUGAUCGGCCUUCGGGCCGCGAUCGGCCGCGUUACCGAUGCGCUGCAAUCCUUCGGCACCGAAGGCGAUCAGCCCGGCGGUGGCCAGCGAGCAACGCCAACCGGCUCUACCGGAAACGGCGGCGAUCAGGAAGUGGGAGCCGAUGUAAUGAACAGCACCUUGCCACCCGGUUUCGUCCGUGAUCAGCCGCCCACGGCGCGCGAGGGCAUCCCGCAAAUCACUGUUCGCUAUUCCGAUCCUCCCCCGCCGCCCGAGGGCUUUGUCCUCGAUAGCGGUGGCCAAGAGGCUGCGCCGGAGCAGCGCCCCCACGGAGCCGCGUUUCUCAACCAGGGCAUCGCGCAAGGGCUCGGCCUGCCCGUCGACCUGAUAUCGGGUUUGGUCAAUUCCGGCGUCGUGGGCGUGAACGCGGUGACGGGUUUGGAAAUCCCUACGAUCGACGAGCCGUUUGGCGGUUCGGCCAGCAUCAAUCGCGGCUUGAACGCGCUUCCCGGCGUUUCCGCUGCCCCGCCCGAUAUGCCGCCCGAAACGCUCAUCGAGCAUAUUUUCGCGGGCGCCGGUGGCGCGGCGGGCUCCGUUGGUCCUGUUGGUCUUGCCGGACGGCUUAUGUCCUCCACGGCUUCGCCUAUGGCCCAGGCGGUGGGCAACACGCUCACGCAACCCUUCACACAAGCGCCGGUGCGCGGAUUUGCAUCCGAAAUCGCAGCGGGCGCCGGGGCCGGGGCGGGAAUGGACGUAGCCGAUCAGCUUGCGCCCGAUAAUCCUCUCGCGGCGACCGCCGGCGCUCUAUUUGGUGGCGUGGCCGGUGGCGCGGGGCCAUAUCUCGCGUGGGAGGGCGUCAAACGCACUCCUGUAAUCGGAGGCUCUAUCGCCGCGGGCACGCGGUUGGCCGCAGGCGAAAUUGCGCCGUUUACCGAAGCCGGAGCGAUGGAACGCGCCCGCCGCCGCAUGGCUGGACUGGUCGAAGAUCCUGAUGCCGCAAUCGAAGGGCUCAACACGCCCACAAUUGGCGGGCUCUCGCCAUCCGUCUCAACAG